AUGCUCCCCAAGCUGCGAGACCCGUCGCUACUCAAGACGGGCGUCUGCUACGUUGAUGGCAAGUGGAUCCCGGCGAGCUCUGGCAAGACGUUUGAUGUCAACGACCCGUCGACCGGAAAGUUUAUCGGCGUGGCACCCGAGUUUGACGCCAAAGAUACCGAGGCGGCGGUGGCUGUGGCGGCCAAGGCGUUCGACUCGUUCCGGCACAAGACGGGCCGCGAGCGGUCGAAGCUGCUGCGUCGCUGGUAUGAGCUCAUGAUGGAGAAUGCCGACGACAUUGCGACUCUGAUUACAUGGGAGAACGGCAAGCCGACGGCGGAUGCCAAGGGCGAGGCGGUGUACGCGGCCAACUUUUACGAGUGGUUCAGCGAGGAAGCGCCACGGAUCCGCGGCGAGACGAUCCAGUCGAGCGUGCCGGGCAACCGGGUGUACACGAUCCAGGAGCCGAUUGGCGUCUGCGGUCUGAUCACGCCGUGGAACUUCCCGGCAGCGAUGAUCACGCGCAAGGUCGGGCCUGCGCUGGCUGCGGGCUGCACGGUGGUUUGCAAGGCACCGGGCGAGACGCCGUUCACGGCGCUGGCGGUUGCGGAGCUGGGCCAUCGUGCGGGCAUUCCGGCUGGUGUGGUCAACAUCAUCACGGCGCUCAAGAAUACGCCCGAGGUGGGUGAGGUACUGACGACACACCCGACGGUGCGCAAGGUGUCGUUCACGGGUUCGACGACGGUGGGCAAGCUGCUGAUGCGGCAGUGCUCGAGCACGCUGAAGAAGAUGUCACUGGAGCUGGGCGGCAACGCACCGUUCAUUGUGUUUGACGACGCGGACCUGGAGGCGGCCGUGGAGGCGGCCGUGCAGUCCAAGUUCCGGUCGUCAGGCCAGACGUGCGUGUGCGCCAACCGGAUCUUUGUGCAGCGCGGAGUGUACGACGACUUUGCUGAGCGGCUGGCGGCCAAGGUGCGGGCAUUCCAGGUGGGCAACGGUUUUGAGGCGGGCACGACUCACGGGCCGCUCAUCCACGACCGCGCCGUCAGCAAGGUGGAGGAGCACGUGCGGGACGCGGAGAAGAACGGCGGCAAGGUGAUUGUGGGCGGACACACGAUCCCGUCGCUGGGCGGCAACUUCUUUGAGCCGACAGUGAUCACGGGUCUGACACAGAAGAUGCGGAUGGCACACGAGGAGACAUUCGGCCCGGUGGCAGGGCUGUUUGCCUUUGAGACGGAGGAGGAGGUGGUGCGGAUUGCCAACAACACCGAGGUCGGGCUGGCGGGCUACUUCUUCUCGCGCGACGUGGAGCGCUGCUACCGGGUGGCGGAGCACCUAGAGGUCGGCAUGGUGGGCGUGAACGUCGGGCUGAUCUCAGAGGCAGCUUCGCCUUUUGGCGGUGUCAAGGAGUCUGGUUUUGGCCGUGAGGGUUCUGGUCUCGGCAUUGGCGAGUACCAGGUAACGAAGAUGGUGACGAACGGCGGGAUGGGCAAGCCGCUGCAGAGCAGCUGA